AAAAAUUUAUAAAAUAAAAAAAAUGACAUUUGAAUAUCCCCAAGAAGUUAGUACUGAUUAUGAAAAAUUACUUGAAACUGAAGAAACUGAAAUAGCAUAUGAUGUCAUUAUAUUUGCUGGUGAAAAUGAAAAUUUAAAAGAAAUUCACGCACAUUCUCUUAUUCUGUGUACGAGAUCUCAAUACUUUUGUGCAGCAUUUUAUAAUGAUUGGGUCGAGAAAAAGGAUGGAAAAUUUAUUCUUAAAAAACCUAAUAUUUCUUCUGAAUUAUUUGAAAUUAUUUUAAGAUUUAUCUAUUGUGGGAAAGUAGAUUUUACGGACGUACAAGGUCCUAAAAUAUUAGAACUUUUAAUGGCAGUUGAUGAACUGAACAUUCAAAAAUUAAUCUCAUGUAUUCAAAAACAUUUAAUCAAAAAUCAGUAUGAGUUUUUACAACAGAAUAUUGUAGAAAUUUUGCAAAGAGUUUAUCAAAAUGGAUUAUUCAGUUAUUUAUUAAUUUUUUGUCUUGAAAAAGUUGAUAUGAUAAUCAAUUCCGAUAAAUUUAUCAGUUUAGAAGCACCUUUAUUGGAAUUUCUUUUAAAACAAGAUGACUUAGAUUUAGAUGAAAUUGAAAUUUGGAAUGGUUUAAUUAAAUGGGGAUUAGCACAAGAACAAGAACUUAAUAAUAAAGACGUCUCUAAAUGGGAUCAAGAAGAAUUUAAAAUUUUUGAGAGUAUCCUUCAUAAUUUUAUUCCUUUAAUUAGAUUUUAUGAAAUAUCUUCUGAAGAUUACAUAAAUAGGGUUAAACCAUAUGAAGAAGUCUUAUCUAAAGAAUUACGAGAUGAAAUUUUAAAAUUUCAUCUUGUUCCUGGAUGGAAACCACCACUUAACCUUUUACCAAGACGUUCCAUUGAUUCUGUUCUAAUUAAUCGAAAACAUGUCGCACUUUUUGCUGAUUGGAUUGAUAGAAAUGAUGAAGAUAUCAACGAUACUAAAGUUCCUUAUAAAUUUAUUCUUUUAUAUAGAGCUAGCAGAGAUGGAAAUACCAAUGCAGCAUUUCAUGAAAAAUGUGACAAUAAGAGAGCCACUAUAACCGUUGUAAAAAUUAAGGAUUCAGAACAAAUAGUUGGAGGAUACAAUCCACUUGAAUGGGAUUCAAGUGGUAGUUAUAAGUCAACAAAAGAUAGUUUUAUAUUUUUAUUAACAGAUAGAAUGAACGUUCAAACUGCAAAUGUAAGUUAUAGUAACGGUGGUACAUAUUCUAUAGUUUGUAAUUCAUAUUGUGGUCCAUUAUUUGGUUAUAAUGAUUUAUUUGUAAAUAGUGGUAUUUGGUAUAGUAAUCCAGUUAUGAAAUGUGGUCAAUAUUCUUAUCCUUACCUUGUUGGUAUGCCAUCAGGAAGAUUUAAUAUAGAUGAUUAUGAAGUUUUUCAAGUCAUAAAAAAACCUUUAAACCAAAACUCAUGUUAAAGAGGAUAAAUUAUAAUUUGGGAGUGUAGUAUAAUGUAGUUAAUUAUUUAUUCUUAUAAAUUGUAUAUUUUUUUUAUUUAUUAUUACAACUUGUAUAUUAGAAGUAAUGAAUUAUUUAUUAUAUCUAAUAUGACCUAAUUGG